GACUGUUGUGACUGUCCGCCGGGCGGACUUCUCGAGGAACGAGUGCUUGAGCGGCCUCUCGGCGGCGACGGCGGUUGGGGAAUGCGGGUGCCUGGUGAGGCAGGUCGGGAUGGGACGGGAGUGACGUGGCGAGAUGUAGAUCUCGAGGUGCCAGCGUACCGGAUGCCCUUCGUCAACAGUGAUGGACCGUGGAGUGCGAUUAGGGCACGGUUGCCGAUCACAGAUGAAGAAAGGAGGUCUGUCUUCGCUGCUCUUUGGGUUGUCACGAGAGACGUCGACCUGAUCCUGGGUGUCGAAGGCGUGCUCAAGUCGAGAGCAGUCGAAGAAUUCGUCAGCCACGUUGAUGGGGGGAGGAAGGGGAGUAUGCAGCAGGAACCUAAGCCACGCGUCCGUGAGGACAAGUACCGCCCACUGAAGUGCAGGUACUGA